GAAACCUCCCUUCCUGCUUCACUGUCAGUCAAUCCAAAGUUCCCUCAGCAGCAGGAACAAGAGAAACAAGACUUAAUCCCUGUUUCUGCAAUGCUGCAUUUGAGUAAGGGUGAUUUUGUAUGGACGGACUCUGGUGCUGGGGUGCCGAUCGGGGCGGAGGUGAAGGUGACUGACACUGGACAGCUCCAGCUGGUCGAUGAUGAAGGAAAGACGCACAAAAUCAACAAGAAGACGGAGGGCUCCAUCCGGCCCAUGCACCCCACCUCUGUGAAGGGUGUGGAUGACAUGAUAAGGCUGGGGGAUCUGAACGAGGCCGGGCUCCUCAGGAACCUCCUGGUGCGACACAAAGAAGGCAUCAUCUAUACGUACACAGGCUCCAUUCUGGUGGCCGUCAACCCUUACCAGCUGCUGCCCAUCUACACCACCGAGCAAGUGCACAUGUACACAGACCGGCGGCUGGGUGAACUGCCGCCGCACGUCUUUGCCAUCGCAGACAGCUGCUUCUUCAACAUGCGCCGCAACAAGAAGAACCAGUGCUGUGUCAUCAGUGGAGAGUCAGGAGCAGGGAAGACUGAGAGCACCAAACUGGUGCUGCAGUUCCUGGCUGCAGUGAGUGGGCAGCACUCCUGGAUUGAGCAGCAGAUUCUUGAAGCGAACCCCAUCUUGGAAGCCUUUGGGAACGCUAAAACGGUUCGUAACGAUAACUCCAGUCGAUUUGGGAAGUACAUUGACGUCAACUUCACCAAAGGGGGCGCCAUAGAGGGGGCUCGGGUUGAGCAGUAUCUGCUGGAGAAGUCCAGAGUGUGUCGCCAGGCCCCCGAGGAGAGAAACUACCACAUCUUUUAUUACAUGCUGAUGGGAAUGUCGGCCGACCAGAAAAAUAUUCUUUCUCUUGGAAACGCUGCAGAGUACAACUAUCUCACCAUGGGUAACUGCACCAGCUGUGAGGGGCGCGAUGAUGUGAAGGAAUACGCUCACUUUCGCUCAGCUCUCAAGAUCCUCAUGUUCACAGAGAACGACUCCUGGGAAAUCAGCAAACUGCUCGCUGCUAUACUCCACCUGGGCAACGUGAAAUUUGAGAGCACCAUAGUGAACAACCUGGAGGGCUCUGAAAUCCGCAAAUCGUCUAAUUUCGACAUGGCCUGCCAACUUAUGGAGGUGGCUCCUAAAGAGCUGGGGAAGAGUCUGACUGAGCGCUCACUCAUGACGACCCGAGAGAGUGUGACCAAACCUCUGACCUGUGAGCAGGCUCAGGACGGCAGGGACGCCUUUGUCAAAGCCAUUUAUGGAAGGCUUUUCAUCUGGGUUGUGGAUAAAAUAAAUGCCGCCAUUUACAAACCACCUGAGGACACCGACGUGGUCCGACAGUCAAUCGGCCUGCUCGACAUCUUCGGCUUUGAGAACUUCAACAAAAACAGCUUUGAGCAGCUGUGCAUCAACUUUGCCAACGAGCAGUUGCAGCAGUUCUUUGUGAAACACGUUUUCAAGCUGGAGCAGGACGAGUACACCCGGGAAAACAUUGUUUGGAAGCACAUUGACUACAAAGACAACCAAAGCACCCUGGACGUGUUGGCCAGCAAACCCAUGAACAUGCUGGCGCUGAUUGACGAAGAGAGCAGCUUCCCCAAGGGCACGGAUACCACCAUGCUGCAAAAGAUAAAUCAGCAUCAUGGGAAGGGGGGCAUCUAUAUUCCCCCCAAGAACAACUACGAGACGCAGUUUGGAGUCCAGCACUUUGCUGGAGUUGUCUACUAUGAUUCAACAGGUUUCCUUGAGAAGAACCGUGACGCCCUCAGCACAGAUCUGAUUCAGAUGGUGCAGACCUCUGCCAAUAAACUCCUCAAACAGGUGUUUCAAAAAGAGCUGUCAUCCAGUACGAUCAAGAGCAGCGUCAACCCCAGGAUGGUCAUCACCGCGGCAAGCAACAGCCUUCGACAAGCGCCGGAUGGCAAGAAGCGCGUGCCGACUCUGAUCGGACAGUUUCGUCUGUCUCUGGAUUCCCUGAUGAAGACACUGACUGUGUGCCAGCCUUAUUUCAUACGCUGCAUCAAACCCAACGACUUCAAGAAGCCCAUGGUGAGGAAAACAAACAGUGGUGACUCAACCAAAAGUAUUCAAAAAGAUUUAAAACCGUUUGAUACAAGUGGACCCUCUGUGUCUCAGCUGUUCGACAGAGAGCUGUGCAUCCGUCAGCUGCGGUACUCUGGCAUGAUGGAGACCAUCAGGAUCAGGAAAGCUGGAUAUCCCGUACGCUACACCUUCCAGGAGUUUUUAGAUCGCUACCGCGUCCUUCUGAAAACCUCCCUCUGUGAUCCUAAAACAGAAAGCAAAGAGAAAUGCUGUGAAAGCAUUUGUGAAACUGUGCUGGAUGGAAAGGGAGACUGGAAGACGGGAAAGACAAAGAUUUUCCUCAAGGACUCCCACGACACCAUGCUUGAAGUGGAGCGAAUGAAAGAACUAAAUACGAAAGCACUUCUGAUCCAGAAAGUCCUGAGAGGCUACAAAUACAGGAGACAAUACCUGCGGCAGAAGGCCAGUGCUCUCGUCAUUCAGAAAUACUGGAGAGGACACAAAGGCAGGAAGCUGUACAGAGUGGUCCAGCUGGGCUUUGCGAGACUGCAGGCUCAGGUUCGCUCUCGUCAGCUCCACUACCAGUACAAGAGGAAGCGUGAGGCGGCCAUGGUGCUGCAGACUCAAAUCAGAGGACACCUCGCCAGGAAGGAGUGGAAGCGCAAGAGAGACGCUGUGAUCCUGCUGCAGGCUUACACCAGGGGUGGGCUGGCAAGGAAGGCUCUCAAGAAGAUGAAGCGAGACCGUUACCUCUCCGCUAAAGACAGAGAAGCAGAAGAGAGGGCCUUGAUGGAGAAACAGAAAAACUUGGAGGAAGUGCUGAGGCAGAAGAAAGAGAAAGAGGCCAUAGCUCAGACUGAGAGCAUCACAGACCAGGAGAUGGUGGAGCGCAUGUUUGAAUUCCUGCCCAGGAUAGUCGGAGGGCAGGAGGGGCAAGCACCCGUGGGAUUCGAGAAAUUUGAGGGGAUGAUCACAGAGGAGAUAGACAUCGACGAUUUCCCAAUCGAGGAAAAUCUUCCCACAGACGACUACGAUGAUCUGGAUGAAUACUCCUUCUCUAAAUUCGCCUCCAUGUACUUCCAGGGUGCGGCCACCCCCACCCACAUCCGUCAGAGACUCAGGCAGCCUCUGCUUUACCACGAAGAUGAAGGAGAUGUUCUGGCUUCUCUGACAGUGUGGUGGAUCAUCCUGAGGUUCAUGGGAGACCUCCCUGAGCCUAAGAAGCAGGUUAGAGCCCCAGGAGCCCCAGCACAGGAACGGUUUCUGCCACAAGACCUGAUCUCCAGAAAAGACAGACGCCUCAGCCACAUGGUCGGCCUGGACCAGAGGGUGCUAAGGAAUAAAAAAGAGAGAAAGCCCUCCACUGUACCCGAGGAACCAGCACCCAUCAAGAGGGGCUCCAUUUUCACUGACCUUCUGACAAGAAGCAGGAAGCCAUCUGCCGUGCCGGGUGAGACAGCUCAAAACCCGAAGGUGUACACAGUGCCAGAGGGAAGCCCUCGAGCGAGGAAGGGAUCCACAUUUACCGACCUGCUGUCCAGGAACAGAAAAGCCUCCACUGUUCCAGAAAACACAAUCCCUAAAUCUGCUUCAGGCCUCAGAAAACCCUCGAUCAUCAUGGAGGAGUCUGAUGACCUGACGGAGGUGUCCAAGCCUCCCACCCUGCAGACCGUGCAGGAGGACAGUGACGUCAUGGUCGGUGAAGGACCGACUCUGGAGCGGCCGCUGACAUCUUUGGAAAAACUUCACAUCAUCGUGGGAUACGCUAUUGUCCGACAUGACCUCAGGGAUGAGAUCUACUGUCAGAUCUGCAAGCAGCUUCAGGAGAACAACAACCGAAACAGCUACUUCCGUGGCUGGAUCCUGCUGUCUCUGUGUCUGGGCAUUUUCCCACCAAGUGAGCGCUUUACAAGAUACCUGCAAAGCUUCAUCCGUUUCGCUCCCGGAGAUUAUGCUUCUUACUGUGCAGAGAGGCUGAGACGCACCAGGAUGAACGGAAUGAGAGGAGAGCCUCCGUCCUGGCUGGAGCUGCAGGCAACCAAGACAAAGAAGCCGAUGAUCGUGGCGGUGAAGCUGAUGGACGGUCGCUCCAUGAACCUGCCCGUUGACUCGGCUUCUACCUCCAGAGAGAUCUGCCAAGCUCUCUCGAACAAGAUUAAACUCAAGGACACCUUUGGCUUUUCUCUCUAUGUGGCCUUGUAUGAAAAGGUGUGGGCUCUGGGCAGCGGCCGGGAGCACGUGAUGGACGCCAUCUCUCAGUGCGAGCAGGAGGUGAAGAGGAGAGGAGGGCAGGAGCAGCACACUCCCUGGCGUCUCUUCUUCCGUAAGGAGAUCUUCACUCCAUGGCAUGACUGCAAAGAAGACAAAUUCAGCACAGACCUCAUCUACCAACAAAUCAUCCAUGGCCUGAAGUUUGGGGAGUACCAGAGUGAAAAGGAGGAUGACCUUGUCCAGCUGGCUGCCAAACAUUUAUACGUCCAGCAUGGCUCAGACAGCAGUCCAGAACAUGUGAAGGAAACGGUUCAGGACUGCAUCAACAACUCUCUGCUGGAGGCAAAGUCAGAGGCCAAGUGGGUGCAGAUGGUCAGCACCGCUCAUACUCAGGGUUCAUAUUUGAGCUCAAGACAAAAGACCGAUUCAGUGAAGGCGGAGACGGUGGACUAUGCCCGAGAGAAGUGGCCCAUGUUCUUCUCAAGGUUCUUUGAAGUUGUCAAACUGUCAGGGCCUGCGCUGCCAAAGAACAAAUUCAUUGUGGCCAUAAACUGGACGGGCAUCACUUUCCUGGAUGAGAGAGAGAGGAGGCUGCUGGAGCUCUCCUUCCCCGAGGUCACCGGAGUCAACACCAUCAGGGAGGGUAAAGCGUCUGGACAGGCAGUGAAUCUGCUGACCCUGAAAGGAGACUUCACUCUGAGUGGGACUGCAGCUGGAGACAUGGCGGAGCUGAUAACGAUGUUCCUCAGCGGACUGAUGGAGAGAUCUCAGUACGCUGUGACUUUGAAGGAAGCCUCACAAGAUGACCCUGCACUGCUCAGCUUCAAGAAAGGAGCGCUCAUUAUAAUUAUCAAAGACGAUGAGUUUCCUUUGCAGCGGGGCUGGAUUAAGGGCCAAAAUGACAGCACAAAAAAAACAGGAGCCGUCCCCACUGAAGAUAUCUUAAUCCUACCCACACUCAGCAAACCCACAAACGAGGUCAUGAGCCUCCUCAAUUUAUCCCCUAACCAGAGGAAGACUAUCAUACAGGCAAACCAGAAGGAAACAGGAACCAUGGAGAAAUUGGCUCCGUUCACGCUGAAGGAAUUCGCCCUUGAAUACUUCAGGCAGCCCACAAAGGACGUGAACCGUCAGGUGAUUUCCAGAAACUCUGCUCCUGAGAAGCUGUGGGCGAACUCCAGAGAGCCAAUCAGACAGCCCCUCCUCAAGAAACUGGUGGGAAACCCCGAGCUCAGCCACAAAGCCUGUCUGGCCUUCACUGCGAUCCUGAAAUAUAUGGGAGAUUACCCCACCAAGCAGAUGCAGAGUCCACUGGAGCUCACAGACCAGAUCUUCGGCCCCGCCACCAAACACGAAGUGCUCAGGGAUGAGAUCUACUGCCAGAUCAUGAAGCAGAUGACCAUCAACAACAACAGGUUCAGCGUAGAGCAGGGCUGGCAGCUGAUGUGGCUCUGCUGCGGCCUGUUUCCUCCCACCCAGUCACUUCUGAAACACACUCAGCGAUUUCUGGAUUCCCGUCGCAGAGAGCCCCUCACCUCCGACUGUCUGCAGCGCCUGCAGAGCUCACUGAGGCUGGAGCCCAGGAAGCUGCCACCUCAUCAGGUCGAGGUCGAUGCCAUCCAACAGAACAGCACGCAGAUCUUCCACAAAAUCCACUUUCCUAACAAAACAGAAGCGAAAUUUGAGGUGGCGACAAGCACCAGGAUCAGGGAUCUCAUCCAGAACAUCAGCAAACAGCUCAAGCUGGCCUCAGCAGACGGAUUCAGCAUUUUUGUCAAAACACAUGACAAGGUUCUCAGUUUGAAUGACACAGACUACUUCUUCGAUAGUCUGAGGCAGAUCACAGACUGGUCUAAGAAAGCCAAGAGGAUCAAAGACGGUGGACCUGUGAACGUACCGUACCUUGUGUUCUUCAUGAGGAAGUUGUGGUUCAAUGUGGUCCCUGGCAGAGACACUGAGGCCGAUCUUAUCUUCCAUUUCCCUCAGGAGGUGCCAAAGUACCUGAGAGGAUAUCACGUUUGCACCAAAGAGGAAAUGGUCAACAUUGCUGCUCUGCUCUUAAGAAUUAAAGUAAACAACGACAAAACCCAGUUGGUCCAGAUUCCCAAGCUGCUGAAAGAGCUGGUGCCUCUAGACCAGCUGAAGGCCAUGUCUGAGAACGAGUGGAAGAAGACUAUUGUCGCCUCUUUUAACAAACAAGCUGGUAUGACUGUUGAAGAAGCUGUGGUGGCUUUCCUGAAGGCGGUGUGCCGCUGGCCGACGUUCGGCUGUGCAUUCUUUGAAGUGAAGCAAACUUCAGAACAAAAUUUCCCAGAUAUUGUGAGAAUAGCAAUCAGCAAGCAAGGACUCACCAUCAUCCACCCUAAAACCAAGGAUGUUCUGGCAAAUCACCCGUUUAAUCGCAUUGCUAACUGGUGCAGUGGAAGCACCUACUUCCACAUGACCAUCGGCAGUUUAGUGAAGGGGAGCAAAUUCCUGUGUGAAACCUCGCUGGGUUACAAGAUGGACGAUCUUAUAACCUCCUAUGUCAACAUGUAUCUCAGAGAGAGGAAGGCAGUACAAACCAGGAACCAACGCUUCAACUGAGCUGAGCCGCAGGGACACAAGUGUGUGACGACACAAACUUCUGUCUGUUUCUGCAGAUUAAUACAGACACACUCAACUUUUAGUUCAUACUCACACAAAGAGGCAGAGCAGCAACAUUUUGUUUUUUUGUAUUGAUGAUAAUUGAUCAGCUCCUUACAGAAGUUGUAGAGUCCUACAUUGUAUUGUAUUUUUCUUUGGCAUUUAUGCAAUAACAUUUCCAAAGUGAACAACACAUAUUCUGGACACAGUUUCUCCAAUCCUUAAUUCAGGGAAAGAAUCUCGUGUUGAAUGAGGUUUAUAAUAUUCAAAUAAAACAUUCAUUUUCAAAUAUUAAAGGAGCAAUAUGUAACUCUGACACCUAGCGUUUAAAAUGUGUACUGCAUUUCAUAUUGGAGAGAGCUGUCUCCCCCCGCCCCCUCCUUCCGAGAGCUGAUGCGCAUGUGGGUUGCCAUGACGCGGACAUGGAAGCUUCAGUGUUUAGCCAGCUCUGCAUCGGUCUUGGAACCUUUCUGCGCUCUAACCUCUCUCUAUUUUUCAAAAGUAUCUCCAAUAUUUAUCCUAGUUUGAGCACAUUUCUAAAAUGCAGAGGCUUUUUCGGUCAGGUAAAAUCAGUUAUAUCUGAACCAGUUCGCUUGCCUGCUUCCAUCACUGCAACACCUGUUUGUUUGCAAAUGGCAAAUCCAGGGGUGUCCAAAACGGCCGUGUAAAACUGCCUCCUUCUCUGGUGAAAACAAAAACAGUCCAUUCAGGACAGGAAUCUAAACUUAGAAGGGGGACUUACUGGCUGCAGCAUUGUUGUCUGAUGAUAAAGUUAGGUCACUUUAUCAUUGAAUUCAGCAGAUAUCUUACAUAGUGCUCCUUUAAUUAGAAACGUGUGAUGAAUUAAGGAAUCUUUAAUUACAAAUCAGUCCAAUUUGUAAACCUUCAUUUUAUUUGUUUAUCAUGAAAGAUUUAUGAGACUCAAACCUUCAAUAUUGAUCUGCAUGCCUUCAAUAAUAAUCAAGGUUCCCUUUGAAGAUUUCCUACACAUUUAUAUCCAUCACUCAGAUCCAACACUUAUUGUGUUUCAUGCACUUUCUUCUUUUAAAAAACCAUUGAAGCCAAUUGUGAAAAUAAAGGUAUUCUUUAAUAUGAA